CGCAUACGGGCAUCUGCAUGCAUAUGUCCAUGUUGGGGUCUUGACUCCUCAUCCGCAGCUUCAGCUGGCUGCUUGCGCGCGCAACAAGGCUGAGGCUAUCAGCAGCAAUUCGGACCGCGAGGUGAUCCUCUCAAUCGCUGCUUCAAAACUCGUACAGCUCAUUGAUAUGGAAGUCGCCGGUAUUGUACUUGGGGGUGUUGGACUCGCCGCCUUGUUUGACAGUGUUGUCCAAUGCGUCGAUUACACCUAUCUUGGGAACAACUUUGAGCGCGACGCGGCUACCAUCCAGCUUCGACUGGAGGACACUAGAGCGCGUAUUCAUCGAUGGGGUCGAGCAGUCGGUGUGCAAGACGAGCAACCGGCGAAAGAGCGCCUUGGAUCGAACUAUGAAAUGGCUGAGAAACGGCUGCGGCAGAUCAAGACCUACUACGACGAAGCGCAGGAAAUGUCGAGAACCUACCUUCGUGAACACCCCAAUCUCGACCCUUCAUACUCCCUCGAACCGGACCUACCGGACUCUGAAGCUCGUGUCCGGAAGGCUCUUCGUCGCAUCUAUCAACCGGCACGGAAUGUGGGAAGGAAGACAGCAUGGGCGUUGCACGGCUACAAAGUCGCUGAUCGGCUCAUUGCUAACGUCAAUGCAUUGAUUGAUGGCCUGGAGCUUAUUGCCCCGAGAGAAGAACUCUCCCGGCUGUCGGAGCUGGAAGUGAGAGAAAUUGGUGAUCCCGAAGAUGUGAAGACGUUGACAGACGCAAACGAGCAAGAUCGAUUUCUCCGAGCUGUUGCUGGGCACUCAUAUAUUCGCACUCAGAAUAAAGGCAAGACCAGAGCCCUCAUGGGGGAUGAGAUAUCAGAAGAAGUCGCGCAGAAGGGUAUUACCAACAUUGGGAGGAAGCAUGCAUAUGUCGACACGACCAACUCGGAUGACGCGAGGGUGCUGAUGGGUAAUAGGAUAGGAGUGAAGAAGAGUUUCUUGGAUUAGCAUGAAGGCGAGAAGACGGCUGUGAGGGUAGGGUGAGAAAGGGAAAUGGAGCACGCACCAUUUUCGAGGAAGGAACGAUCUUUCGUGUCGAAGGAACAAACUGACACAUCAAGCUGCAACAUAUUCGUCGAUUUUCCAGCGUCAAGCCAGUCUCAAAACUGACCGACAUGUUUCUGUCUCUGAGUCUAGUUCGGAUGGCCUUCAAUGCGCCUUUUGCAAAAGG